GCGAGCUUGGUCCGCGGCGCCGCCUGACAGGUGUGGGCCUCGGCGACGGCGACGGCAGCGGCAGCGGCGCGGAGCAGCAUGUACGCCAAGGGGGGCAAGGGCUCAGUGGUGCCCUCCGACAGCCAGGCCCGCGAGAAGUUGGCACUGUAUGUGUAUGAGUACCUGCUGCAUGUUGGUGCCCAGAAGUCAGCUCAGACCUUUCUGUCCGAGAUCCGAUGGGAGAAGAACAUCACGCUGGGGGAGCCCCCUGGGUUCCUGCACUCCUGGUGGUGCGUGUUCUGGGAUCUGUACUGUGCAGCUCCUGACCGCAGAGAGGCAUGUGAGCACUCCAGUGAGGCCAAGGCCUUCCAGGACUACAGUGCUGUGGCCACGCCCAGCCCCGUGAUGGGGAGCAUGGCCCCCAACGACGCCAUGGCUGCAGGCCCCAUGGCAGCUGGCUUCUUCCAGGGACCCCCUGGCUCCCAGCUGCCCCCCCACAACCCCAACACCCCCAUGAUGGGGCCUCAUGGCCAGCCCUUCAUGUCACCGCGGUUCCCAGGGGGCCCCCGGCCCACCCUGAGGAUGCCGAGUCAGCCUCCUGUGGGCCUCCCCGGCUCCCAGCCUCUCAUCUCCGGUGCCGUGGACUCCUCCCCACGUGGUCAGGGACAUCCAAGCAUGGGUGGCCCAAUGCAGAGGGUUACACCUCCCCGGGGCAUGGCCAGCGUUGGGCCCCAGAGCUAUGGAGGUGGCAUGCGGCCCCCUCCCAACUCCCUUGCCGGUCCAGGCCUGCCUGCCAUGAACAUGGGUGCAGGAGUGCGUGGUCCAUGGGCCAGCCCCAGUGGCAACUCAGUGAGUCUCCGGAUCCCCUACUCCUGUUCAUCACCCGGCAGCUACACGGGACCCUCAGGAGGUGGGCCCCCUGGAACACCCAUUAUGCCUAGCCCUGGAGACUCCACCAACUCCAGCGAGAACAUGUACACCAUCAUGAACCCCCCAAUCGGGCCGGGCACCGGCAGGGCUAACUUCCCGCUCGGCCAAGGCUCAGAGGGCCCCAUGGCCGCUAUGAGUGCAACGGAGCCUCACCACGUGAAUGGAUCCCUGGGUCACAAACUGGAACCUUCUCCCUUGAAGACCCUCAUUCCAGAACAGCUCUGUCCCAUACCCUGGAGGAAGGAAUGCUACUCAGAGAAGCCAAGAAGUCUGAACAGACAGGCCUUGCUUGGUUCCUACCCCGACUCCCAGUCUGUCACCAUUAGUUCAAUCACAUUUCUACACAUUCUUCAUUGAACCUGAGUAUAAAAAUAGUUUUCUCUGGAUCCUUUCUGAAGGGUUCUGUAUCAGUUGCAAAAAAAAUUGGAUUAAAUAAAUUUGUUAGGCUUUUCUCUCGUUAAUCUGUUUUUUAGAAGUAUCUGCGGUGACCCUUAUGAUGGGGGAGGAAAAAGAUACCACAUAUCUCCCAUCUAAAAAGACCUCCAUAACUCUGGGAGGCCAAGGCGGGUGGAUUGCUUGAGCUCAUGAGUUCGAGACCAGCCUAAGCAAAAGUGAGACCCCCCAUCUCUACUAAAAAAUAGAAAAACUGAGGCAAGAGGAUGGCUUGAACCCAAGAAUUGGAGGUUGCUAUGAGCUAUGAUGCCAUGGCAUUCCACCAAGGGCAACAGCUUGAGACUAUGUUAAAAAAAAAAAAAAAUCCUGAACAAAGGCAAUGGCCCCAGCUACCCAGUUACUUGGGAGGUUGAGGUGGGAGGGUCACUUGAUCUCAGAAGUUUGUCCCUGUCUCUAAAAAAAAAAAAAUGUUUUAACCCUAAACAAUGGGGUUUAAGUGUAGACAGGGAAGUGCUGGAAGGGUGACACCCCUGGAGAGGACAGGGAAGCCCCAUCCGUAUAUGUCACCCUAUGUAUCUCCUCCAAAGGGCUGUUAGCAUUUUCCUGAGCUAGCAAAUUGUCAAGCUGAGAUGGGGGCUGUGUGGGACCCCCAAUUUGUAGCCUGCUACUGGUCAGAAGUACAGGUAGCAGGAAUUUUGACUGCCAUGGCUGUGGGGGCAGGCCUGUGGAACUGAGCCCCUUAACUUGUGGAGUCUGAUGCUAUCUAUGGGAACUGAACUGUUGGACACCCAAUGGGUAUCAGAAGAUCAGAGAAUCCGAGAGUUACCAUGCCUUGAGGCAACGCGUGACACAGAAAAAUGUGUGCAGAUAAGGGGGGAAAGGCACCAAGACACAGCCCUGAGGAGCCUCUGUGCUGACAGGGCAGCCUCUAGGGAGUGUCAGCAGAAGGCUGGGAGAUGGCAUAGGCUGGCUGCUUCCACUCCCAGCACUUGGCACUGUGAGUCACUGCAGGGGCCUCCAGCUGGCAAGGCAGAAGGAAAGGCAGGGGAGGCAGAUGGGACCAGUCAGGGACUGGUGCACUGCCUGGGCUGAGUGCUAAGACCAGACACCCCCAUACCCCACCAGACUCUGGGCUACUGGAAGGCAGCAACAGGGCUCAGUCACCACUGUGUCCCAGAGCCCAGGUGGAGCUUGGCACACAGAAGGGGCUAUAGGAAUAGGGUGCUGGUGGUAAGAGAGCAUCUGUCCUUAGUGGGGACACUGUCCUGCAAAUGGCAAUAACAGGUAGGCAGCCUUUAGCCUGUCUUGUCAAGGUGCCCAGGGCAUGCGGGUGGGGAAGCCCUUCUGGGUCCCAGGGGACUAGCUGUGGCCUCAGUGGGCUGUUGGCCAGCAGGCUGCCAGCCAGUGUGCUUAAGACUGGCAGCCCAGGGUCAGGGGAGGUGGCUGGGGAGGACAGCAAGGCUGGAAGAGGGGAGUGUCAACUGUGAGCUAUGAGGACUGAUCCCCUGGAAGGUGUUAUCCCCUGGAAGAACGGCAUGGCCAGGCCAUGCGGUAGGGCAGGGCACACACUGCCACGCUGGCCUGCCUGACUUCUCCUCCCACACCCCUCAGAUUCCUGGCCUACCCCAGAACUCAGGCCAAGGCCAAGGUCCAGCAGGAAGGCCAGGACGGACCCACAGCUGCUGACCCCGGGAACCCUUCCCUCCCAGGUUUAUUGUCUUUCCUUAUUAAAUAGGUGCCCAGUAGCACUCUGGUGAGCUCAGAGUUCAAGACCAGCCUGAGUAAGAGUGAGGCCCCGUCUCCAAAAAUAGCUGGGCACUGUGGUAGGCACCUAUUGUUCUGGCUAGGGAGGCUAAGGCAAGAGGCUCACUUGAGCCCCAAAAUAUGACGUUGCUGUGAGCUAUGAUGCCAGAGCACUCUACGCAGGGUGACAAAAUGAGACCCUGUCUCAAAAAAAAAAAAAGGGUGCCCACCCCAUCCUCAACUUUGGAGGGCAGGACCAUCACUCUGUGUCCUCUGUGCCUCCUGCUCCUUACCUGGAACUCAAGAUGGUAAUUUUUGCUAAAGCUUAGCAUCCCUGUCCCCAAGGGUGGUACAGGGAUGCCCCUUCCCCAGUGUGAUGGUCUGGGAGGAACAGACAAUAAAGCAUUGCUAGUACCCAAUGCUGUUUUCAUCAGAGAAUAAAGAGUUAUAGCUUGUUCCCCCCAAAUAAUCACCCCACUUGGGUUCACUCCUAUGGGCCUUGCUGCUGCAGGAGGCCAAGGGAUUUCUCCUGCUGGACUCACACACCCCAUUACUCCCAAGUCUCUUCCUACUUGCAUUACAGCUAGUAUGUAUGGCUUCCUGGCCCUGGACUAUGCGGUCUUCCACUUUAGUUCUCAUUCCUGUGCAAUGGCUCUGGUGUGCUGUGAAGGACUUCUCUGCCAGGUCCAAACUUGAGCCCCAAUACACUCCCUCUUCACCACCAUGACAGGUCUGUGUCAAGUCAUGGCCCACCCCCAACCACAGGACCAGUGGCUCCUCCAGGCCACCACAGAAACCCGGCUGUGACACACACACGCCAGCCAGGCAGCCUGGGCUGCUGGAUUCAGUUCAGUGAAAUUUAUUGUAGGUUGAAUAAAAUCAGCAUUCACCAGUUUAGUGUACAAAAAGGACACUAGAUCUUUUAAGAAAAUAUUAGGAAACUGAAGAAGGGAUGCCUUUCAAUUGUAACAUUUUGGCAAAAGUGAAAAGCUCUUGUAAACACCAACUCCAUGGCUCAAAAUAGUUUUUCUCCACAGUACAACAUUAAAGAAAAAAAAAAAAAAACCAGUAUCAAUAAGUUAGACAAUAUUUAAUCAGCUACAACUUUUGUCCACCAACCCCCAAAGCACAAAACUUUCCUUAGCUUCAUAAUUCCUUAAAA